AAAACCAGUCCCAGCUGAGGAGUGACACAAGUGUUUUUGACAGGUAGCUGCUUUACCACCAAUCCAUGUGCAUUCCUGAGUCUGUUCCGGAAAUAAGGCUCCCCCACAGCUCUCUGAAGAAAACUUAAGGACUUCAGCUGAGCUGUUCACUACCUUGGAAGAGAAACAGAAACAGCACUUUCUUGUUGUGGACAGCACACUGCACCUGAAUUUUCUGCUUCUGAUGUUGUUUUGCCAGUAGCUGAAAGAAAAGAAAAGGCAUUCCUCUUCUUUUUCAAGCAAGUUAUUUAUUUCAGUAAUAGAAAAAUCAGUAUAAACCAUAUUGCUGGGGACUAUUUUUAAUUGUUUACUAUGUUUAUUUAAAAUAUCGAGCUUCUUGUUUGAAGACACCGAGCUUCUACUGAGCUGGAACACGUUUUUUUUUAUCUCAAGUGGAGAAGACAAAUUAAAUAUUUUGCAUGGCAGCUGUGAGUCAGAUUCCAUUAGCUGUCUCAUCUGUCUACCCCAAGAAGAUUUUCACAUCUGUAAAUUAAACAGUGUACCAGUGGAUUUUUUAUGACAGAUAAGUCACAUGCCAAUGUGCAUCUGGUGUGUUAAACAGUCCUUUCUGCUGCUGAGUGGGGUUAUAGAUAUCCUAGGCAUAUGUCAGUGAGACUCUUGUCAGUGACAUCAGCUGUUCUUGCUGUUUGAUCUUCUAGGGCAUGGGUUAAAAGACAGGGUCAUGGUGGUUACCCAGCUUGAACUGGAACUGUGCUACCAUGGUAAGAAACUACGUGGCUUUACUUGUAAACUUACCCGGUCUCCAAAUGGGUUCCUGCCAGAGAGCUUCUUCGGCAUUGCCUGUCAAGUCAUUAUACCCUACCUUUUGGCGGGAUUAGGCACCGUAGCCGCAGGCCUCGUGAUGAAUGUUGUACAGCACUGGGAAGUAUUUAAGACAAUCACAGAAAUUUUUAUUCUGGUUCCUGCACUGGUUGGUCUAAAAGGUAACUUGGAAAUGACACUGGCUUCCAGGAUGUCCACAGCUGCUAACAUUGGACAAAUGGACGAGAAACAUCAACAGUGGAAAAUGGUUACAUGCAAUUUAGCUCUAAUCCAGGUCCAGGCUACUGUAGUGGGUCUUCUCGCUGCUGUCGCUGCUGUAAUCCUGGGAUCGUUGUCAAAAGGAUACCUAGACUUUAGUCAAGCAGCAGUGCUGUGUGCAAGCAGUGUGACAACAGCCUUCAUAGCAGCACUUUCAUUAGGUAUGGUCAUGAUUGGUGUGAUCAUUGGCUCCAGAAAGAUGGGAAUAAAUCCAGACAAUGUUGCUACUCCAAUUGCAGCCAGUCUUGGAGACUUGAUAACGCUGUCACUGCUGGCAGGAAUCAGCACAUUUCUCUUUAAAUAUAAAGAUAUAUACUACAUCUCUCCACUGGUUUGUGGUGUCCUUGUUUUGUUGAUUCCACUGUGGGUUAGUAUUGCAGCAAGGAGUUCACAAAUCAAAGAAGUUCUGAAGUCGGGGUGGCAACCAGUCAUUGUUGCUAUGACUAUUAGCAGUGUUGGUGGGUUGAUUUUGGACAAAACAGUUACAGAUCCAAACUUUGAAGGGAUGGCUGUCUUUACACCUGUAAUUAAUGGUGUCGGUGGGAACUUGGUUGCUAUUCAGGCUAGCCGUAUCUCAACUUUUCUGCAUUACUGGAGUAUGCCUGGUGUCCUUCCAUACAAGAUGAGACAGGCCUGGCCAAGCCCUUGCAAUACUUUCUUCACUUCAGGAGUAAAUUCCAAAUCAGCCCGUGUCCUGUUUCUGCUUGUGAUCCCAGGCCAUCUGCUGUUCCUGUAUACUAUCAACCUCUUGCAAGGUGGACAUACUGCCAUUACACACACUUUUGUCUCAUUCUACCUCACUGCAGCCCUUUUUCAGGUGGGAAUACUACUGUAUAUGGCUGACCUGAUAGUUCGGUUCACGUGGCGAAGAGGUCUGGAUCCUGACAACUUUUCUAUUCCCUACCUCACAGCACUGGGAGAUCUGCUUGGCACAGGAUUCCUGGCCCUCUGUUUUCGGAUAGUUUGGCUGAUAAAUGGUGCAGAGACAAAAUUGGGAGAUUAACAAACUGUCAUUACCAAAGAUGGUCCAAUAUUUUAGUUUUUUAAUUUUGUCUGUUGACUAUCAGAAGACAAUGUAAAGUUCACCAAGUGAAGUUUGUUGAGCCCUUCUUGUUUUUACAAUGAGGGGCCAGUUUGCUGCUGUUUUUUAUUAAAUGUAAAACUACCACCAAUGAAGACGGGAAGAAUUAAAGGUAAAAUAUUAUGUUUAAGUUAA